AUGGUUGAUCAAGUGAAGUUGAUGAUUGCAGAGGAACAAAAGUUCCAAGGGAAAGCAUUGUCGCUAUCCCAUACGAAGACCGCAAUCACUACGAUGAAGGAGAAAUUCACUGAACAGCAGCUGCAAAUGUUUGAACAAAGUUGUUUUGGUCAUCUCCUACGGAUUGAGGACCUCAAGUGGACUUCUCCAAUUGUCCACGGCUUGCUGCUCAGGAAAGCUGAUCCCAAGACAGUUUCCCAACUGAACGGGAUCAAAUUCAUUGUUGGCAAUAAGGUCAUCCAAUUCACGGCGCAGCAAUUUUGCAUCGUGACAAGGCUAAGGUUUGGAAACCUUCCCUUUAUUCUGAUUCCCACUAAUGAGAACUGCUCAUUGAAACGGAAGUACUUUGCCAACGAUAAAACUGUGAACCUGUUGGAAUUAGAAAAGGCCUUCCUCAAAUGCGAUGAUGAGGACGAUGUAUUGAAGCUCGGAUUCAUAUACUUUGCUGUGUUUGUGCUAUUGGGCAGUGAAAAACAUGUCCACAUUGACAUGCGAUAUUUGAAGUUGGCGGAAGACCUUGAAGAGUUUGGGAAGUAUCCAUGGGGUGCUAUUACCAGCGAGUGA